AUGCCCUCCAACGCCCAAAACGUGGGCAUCAAGGCCCUAGAGAUUUAUUUCCCUAGCCGGUACAUGCCUCAAAGCGAGCUCGAGACCUAUCUGGGUGUCAGUGCUGGGAAAUUUACAAUUGGCCUGGGCCAACAGAAGAUGAGCUUCUGUGAUGACCGUGAAGAUCUAUAUUCCAUGGCGCUCACGGUGGUCUCGUCCCUGCUGGAAAAGUACCACAUUGACCCAAAGACUAUUGGCCGUUUGGAAGUGGGAACGGAAACGUUGCUCGACAAAUCCAAGUCUUGCAAGUCGGUGCUCAUGCAACUGUUCGGAGAGAAUACGGACAUCGAGGGAGUCGACACUUACAACGCCUGCUAUGGUGGAACGAAUGCCUUGUUAAAUGCAGUCAACUGGGUCGAAUCAUCUACAUGGGACGGUCGCGACGCCAUUGUCGUGGCGGGCGACAUCGCUCUGUACGACAAGCCAGCCGCCCGUCCGACCGGCGGCGCCGGCUGUGUGGCCAUACUAAUUGGCGCCGAUGCGCCCCUGGUGCUGGAGCCUCUCCGUGCAUCGUACAUGAAGCACGUCUACGACUUCUACAAGGGGGACUUCAAAUCGGAGUAUCCCAUUGUCGAUGGACAUUACUCUAACACAUGCUAUCUUGAGGCAUUGGACAACUGCUACGAACGGUAUCGUACUAAAUCUGUGGCUAAAAGUGGUGGCUUGACGAACGGAUCUGCAAAGUCUCAGGGUAGUUUCAUGGAUACCUUCGAUUAUUUCGUCUUCCAUGCGCCUACCUGCAAGCUUGUCUCCAAGGCCUACGGCCGUCUGUUGUUCAACGAUCUCCGGACGGAACCCAACCACUUUGAUGACAUUCCAGCAGUGGUCCGCGAUAUUGAGCAAACUGCGUCUCUAACGGACAAAGUGGUUGAGAAGACUUGCAUCAGGUUGACUAAGGAAAGGUUCUCCGAGCGUGUCCAACCAGCUAUCACAGCGCCCACAAAUUGCGGGAACAUGUACACCGCUAAUGUAUACUCUGGGCUGGUGAGCCUGCUGAGCAAUGUUCCUAGUGAGGAACUGCAGAACAAGCGCAUCGGCAUGUUCAGCUACGGGAGUGGCCUAGCUAGCACUAUAUUUAGUUUCCGUGUGAAGGGUGAUACUUCUGGGAUUGUGCAGCAGGUCCGGUUGCAUGAGCGCUUGGAAGCUCGCACAGCGGUCUCACCGGAGUUUUAUAACGAGAUGUGCAAACUCCGGGAGAAAGCCUACCAGCAAAAGAGCUAUACCCCUGUGGGAAGCGUCGAUAGUCUGGCUCCAGGUACUUACUACCUUGUCCACGUUGACGAUGUGUUUCGACGAAGUUAUGAGAAAACGCCGGUUGUCUGA